AUGUUCUCUCGAACCACACUGGCACGGGCACUUGCCCUGCCCAUCGAGCACACCGCCGCCCGAUCCUCCAUCCUCGCCGGCGCCAGCAACACCACCUUCCGUGCCUGCCUUCACCAAGCCACCACCACAUCUUACUCUACAACAACAUCAUCACACCCCUCCGCUCCCCUCAGUGCCACUCCCCGGGCCCAAACCUCCAGUCCCAUCGAACAACCUCACUUUCUGACGCCCCAGAACACCAUUCCCGAAACCCGCGCCGAUGUGCCUCUCAACAAACAGCCCGUGGCCCCGACCUUCGACGCUCCAUUGAAAGUGUCUCAAUCCCUCCUCGACAUGCUGCCCUACCUCACCUCGCAAAAGCCGCACUACAUUACCGCCCACCUCCACGACAGACCUUACCUGCUUACCGAAGGUGAUCAGCUGCGUCUGCCUUUCCUCAUGCCCAAGGUAAAAUCGGGCGAUGUCCUUCGGUUUAACCGGGCGUCGGUGCUCGGUUCUCGUGAGUUCUCGCUCAAGGGCGGCGAGAAGUACCUUGAUGAGCGGUUGUUUGAGUGCCGGGUCCGGGUGAUGGGCUUCGAGUCGGAGCCUUUGCGCAUCACGGAGAAGACGAAGCGGAGACGCCGUCAUGUGCAGAAGGUGACGAGCAAGCAUCGUUAUACUAUCCUGCGGGUUAUGGAUGUUAAGGUUAAGACGGCGGAGGAGUUGUUGCAGGAGGGUGCGGUUGUGGUGCAGAGCGCUGAUUCUGCGGCCAAUGUUGAGCUUAAGGAGUAG